UAUAAAAUAUAUAAGGUCAAUUCAGAAUCUUGUGCAUCUGAGUUUGAAAAAUUAUGCAAUUGCAAAUAUUUACCAUCCACAAUGAACGGCUUUUUUUGUGGUUUCUGUGCAACCUUUGCAAAUACCAUUUUGGGGAAAAAUGGACUGACGCUUGAAGCUGCUGAAGAAAUUAUGGACAUUGAGGAUCAUAAUAAAGUGUUGCGCACCUCGAAGGAGCAAAUAGAGUGCUAUCUCAACUUUGUGCGGGUUCACCCGGAGAUAAAGUUACACAAAAACGACCCAUCGCGGCCGAAAAGAAUGGAGGAGCUUUGGGCGGAACUCUCCGUGCAAUUAAAUGCCCUAAAAGGGCCCACUCGGAACCCCACAAAAUGGAGAGAGAAUCUGAGCCAUUGGAAAAACCAAAUAAGGUCAUGCGCAAGGAAAGCCAAGGCGCACAAGCUGGUGACAGGUGGCGGUCCCAGCUUAACAAGUGAGCAGAGAGCGUUAGAAACGUUAGGGUCAAUUGCGGUUGAUGGGUUGGCUGAUGUACCAACCAUUGACACAGAGGAAGAAGUAGUUUUCACAGCUGCACCGUCACCUCUAAAUACGACUUCGGAUACGUCCAAUGAUUGCACUCCGUCAUCGUCCCGUAGUAAAAAAAUGACGACGGACGAAAUGUUCCGAAAUUAUAUGGAUUUAAUGAAAGGAAAAGUCGAGGAGGAGAGAGCUUUCCGUAUUCAAACUUUAGAUUAAAUUAAUAAACACUCGGAAUCCAUUGAUAAUUUAGCGGCAGCGAUGGUGUCGCUUGUUGAGAAAAAGUAAAAAAUGUGGUUUUUUAUGUACAUAUGAAUUAUUUUGUUGUGAUGUUUUUUGUACA